GUAGAAUGGCAAUGCAUAUAUUGCUAACAUUGCUGAUUUUUUUCCUGGCAACUGAUAGAUCCCAUGCCCAGGUGUGCCCAACAGUCACAUCAUCCCUGACCUAUUUAGUGGACACAACAGGGUCAAUGCACGAUGACAUCCAGCAGUUACAUUUGGUGAAUAAUUGGAUACUUGAUCGCACAGUGGCACAGUUUCCAUGCGGCGUGAGGCAGUAUACAAUGGUUGAGUUCAAUGACCCAACAUUUGGCCCAGCAAGGAUGACAAAUUCAGUUGAUGUGUUUAAGACAUUUUUCAAUGACCUCACUAUCAGUGGUGGAGGCGACUGCCCAGAAUUAGCGAUGAAUGGACUCAAAGUGGCUUUAGAGAAUUCCCCAGCCAGAUCCUUCAUUCUAGUGCUCACAGAUGCAUCUGCUCAAGAUUACAACGUUGUUCCCCUUCUGAACAGCAUACGUUCACUUAUAACUACCACACAGUCACAGGUUAUCUUUUUGAUAACGGGGCUUUGCUCAGGUUUAAAUGAUCCAAGGUUCCUCAUUUACAGGGAUAUUGCUUCUCUGAGUUAUGGGCAUAUCUUUCAAAUUGGCCUCUCAGAUCUGAACAAGGUAUUUAAUUAUCUGGACUAUACACUGUCAAGACCUAUUAACACUACAGAAAAAGUUUUGUACAAAUAUUACGAUGGAAUAAAUCAUUGUGAUAACUUUAACAUAACAAGUAACUUAUCUACCUUACUGGUGAUCACUGAUGGACCAAUUACCUCAAUAAGAAUUCUCGGACCUAAAUCUGAAGACCAAAACCCCAAAACAAUUGUGUCUGAGAUCUGGGGAUCAUUGUAUGAAAUUAAAAAUCCUGCCAAAGGAGCAUGGACAUUAUGUAUUGAUUCAUACAGCCCUCAUGCUGUUCAGGUGGAGGGACUAACAGCUUUCAACAUGUCAGUGACUGAACGAUGCUCAGACUGUCACUCUGAUGCUACAUGUGAAGAGCAUCUUGGCCUAUUUCAAUGUACCUGUAAGGAUGGAUUCAUUGGAGAUGGCUUCUUGUGCUCAGAUGUUGAUGAAUGUGCCUAUUCCUGGUUACACAACUGUACUUAUGGAUAUUGUGUAAAUACUAUUGGCUCCUAUGACUGUGUGUGUCCUGAUGGCUACACAAAAGGAGAAGGAAACACUUGUGUUGACAUUGAUGAGUGUUCCAGCCCAGACCUGAAUAAAUGCCAUCCAUCUGCCACUUGCUUUAAUUAUGUUGGAACUUACACAUGUCAGUGUCCACCUGGAGUCACAGGAGAUGGAUUUGACUGUGAAAUUGAUCCAUGUACCAGAGAUGUGUGUGGGCUUGGUACGGAGUGCAUUAUAAAUGGCAGCACCUACUCUUGCUCUGAUCCAUGUGCCAAUUACACCGUUCUUAAUGAACCCUGGAGAAGCACUGCCUAUGACUUAUCUGUGAACAUCAGAUGUGACCGUGACUUAGAGGGCUGGUAUCGUUUCAUUGGAAGUGGAGGAAUACGCAUGCCAGAAUCCUGUGUUCCAGUAAAUAGGUGUAGCACCCAUGCACCUAUGUGGUUAAAUGGACCACAUCCCACUCCAACUGAUGGUAUUGUCACUCGCACAGCCUGUGCCCAUUGGGCUGGAGAUUGUUGCCAGUGGUCAUCAUCUAUACAGAUUAAGGCUUGUCCUGGUGGAUACCAUGUCUAUAAGCUGAACACAACACCCGCCUGCUCCUUAGCAUAUUGCACAGAUCCCAGUUCACUUAAUGGUGAAUGCUUAUGUGCCCCUGAUGAGGAAUGCAGAUUUGUGUCUGGAUCCUAUGGGUGCUACUGCAAUGACAAUCGGACAAUAUCUGCUUUCUCAGACUUAACACCAACUGUGAGCUGCGGAGUACAGAGCAUGAAAAUAUCUUUCCGCAAAUGCCAGCUGAGGGCUCUGAAAGUUGACGUCAAAGAUAUAGUACUUACAAACAGCCAUUGCUUCACUGUCCUGAAUGAUAACACUACCAACACCUAUUCAGUUCUGUCCUCUCUGCAAGCAAAAAAGUGUGGGAUGACGUUGUCUACAAAUGGAACCCAUGCCUCUUACGUGAACAGUUUCGAGUUUUACUUUGUACUUCCUGGUAAUAUUAUUAGAGAUAAGUUGAUAGUGACUGCAGCUUGUAUUUACCCACUUGAUAUGAAACUAAGUCUAGAAACUGCCCUGAAUCCAAUUAUCAGCUCUACAAAUAUUUCCAUUAAUGGCACCGGAGCGUUUAGUGCUCACAUGGCAGUUUACAACAGCAGCGACUAUAAACAUCCAUACGAAGGAACCCAAAUUGAUCUAUAUACCAAAACAGUGAUUUAUAUUGGAGUGUUCUUUGAUGGGCCGGAUCCAUCUCUGUUUGCCAUGGUACUGAAUAACUGCUAUGCAACUCCAUCAAGCAAUCCCAAUGAUCCCAUUAAAUAUUAUAUCAUACAGAACAGGUGCCCUAGUAAAAUUGAUGACACUGUCAAUGUAGCAGAAAAUGGCUUAUCCAGCCAAGCCCGGUUCUCUUUUCAAAUGUUCGCAUUUGCAGGGAAUUAUAACCAGGUCUAUCUGCACUGUGAGAUCUAUGCGUGUGACAGUAGGACCUCCGCCUGCGCACCUACAUGCUCUGGAGCCCGCGCCUUGGAUGUAAAAAUGGAAAAGACCUUUAACCUGAAACUGGGACCAUUCAAAAGGCUGGAUUCACCUCCGUCUGCAGCUUCCGGCACCCAAGCAUCAUGGACAGUUACUGUGCUGCUAAUGCUCAUGUUGGCAGUCUUGGUUUCUGGAAAGCAGUGAUAUUCUGCGCUGGAUUUCUCAAACCUGCAAACCCACGCACUGCAGGAUUCUUCAGGAAAAUACCGUAUAUUUUACGUAUAUUUUCCCUUUAAAGACAACGCUAUCCUUUGGAAUUGUCCAGUUUAAUUAGAUAACUGUAAUAGCUGAUUAUUAGUUGAUGAAUAUGAUUAUUUUAGAAAGUAAAUGAAUAAAUGCUUAGAGCUGGAAAU